AUGGAGGACAAGAAAGAAGAAAUAAAAUAUUUUUUAAUGAUAUCUAUUGGAAUUGAUUUAGGUACAACAUACUCUUGUGUUAGUGUAUGGCAAAAAGAUAGAGUUGAAAUCAUUCCCAACGACCAAGGUAAUAGGACCACUCCAUCAUAUGUUGCUUUCAAUGACUCUAUUGUUGUUGGUGAAAAUGCCAAGAUCCAAGCAACUUUGAAUCCAACCAAUACCAUUUUCGAUGUCAAACGUCUCAUUGGUCGCAAGUUUUCCGACUCUAUUGUCCAAUCAAAUAUAAAGUAUUGGCCAUUUAAAGUUGUCCAAAAGCAAGGUGACAAACCAUACAUCCAAUCAACUGUCACCGACGCUGUCAUCACCGUUCCAGCUUAUUUCAACGACGCUCAACGUCAAGCCACCAAAGACGCUGCCGUCAUUGCCAAGUUGAAUGUCCAAUGUAUUAUCAAUGAACCAACUGCUGCCAUCAUUGCCUACGGUCUUGAAAAGAAAAACAAGUUGGUUAUUGAAAAGACCAUCCUAAUAUUCAAUCUUGGAGGUUGUACUUUUGAUGUUUCAAUACUCUCUGUCAAAGAUGGUGGUGUAUUUGAGAUAAAGGCCAGUGCUGGUGACUUACAUUUGGGUGGUGUGGAUUUCGAUAAUCGUAUGGUCUCUUAUUUCAUCAAAGAGUUUAAGGACAAGUACAAAAAGGAAUUGACAACUAACCAUCGUGCCAUCAAUCGUCUACGUUCAUCUUGUGAACGUGCCAAACGUACUCUUUCGUCGUCUACCCAAGCGUCAAUUGAAAUCGUCUCGAUCAUGGGAGUCGCAAAGGCUCUCAGUGAUGCUAAACUCGACAAGCAAUCCAUCCACGAAAUCAUCCUCGUAGGUGGUUCCACCCGUAUUCCAAAGAUCCAAUCACUCCUCCAACACCUUUUCUGUGGCAUUCCUAUCUACAAGUCAAUCGACCCAGACCAGGUCAUUGCCUAUGGUGCCACCAUCCAAGCUACCAUCAUCAACAACAACAACAACAACAACAAUUAG